AUGCCCUCCACCACCUCGCGGCCAAGCACGGCGAGUAGCACAAACCCGGCACGCGACUCGCGCUCCAUCGAUCUGGAGAAGCUGUCGUCGUCGCAGCUUGGCGGCCCCCCGAACACCCAGCCACCGAACGACGGCGGGGACGUAGACUUGGAAAAGCAAAAGCAAGACCUGCCGACGCGGCCAACCACGCUCCUCUCGCAGACGAGAUCUCACCGCUCUAUCGCUGGCGGCGAUGGCUAUACCAUCUUCCCAGCCGACGCCGGCGACGGUGACACGGCGCCGCACGACUACGUGGUGACGUGGGAGGGGGGCGACAGCGAUCCGUUGAACCCGCGCAGCAUGAGCAAGCUGCGGCGGUGGGUGAUUGUGAUUAUUGUGUCGAGUAGUUCGCUUAGCGUAACGUGCGCGUCGUCGCUCUACACGACAACCUACAGCCAAAUGAUCCCACGGUUCCACACUUCGCGAGAAAUAGCCACGCUGGGGCUGUCGUUGUUCGUCGCAGGCCUGGGCCUGGGCCCCAUGGUGCUGAGCCCCUUAUCGGAAUUCUAUGGCCGCCGGCCAAUCUACAUCUACAGCUUCCUCUUCUUCCUUAUCUGGCUGAUCCCAUGUGCCGUGGCACCCAACAUCGCGACCAUGCUGGUGGGCCGCUUCUUGUCAGGCCUGUCCGGCUCGGCCUUUCUCAGCGUGGCCGGUGGCACGGUUGGGGACAUCUUCGCAAAGCAAGACUUUCCGUUCAUUGGGCCAGAGGUCGGCCCGCUGAUUGGCGGAUUUAUCACCCAGUAUACAACCUGGCGAUGGUCGUUUUACGUCCUGCUAAUCUGGGCCGGGGUGCAGCUAGGCGCGAUCUUCUUCCUGGUACCCGAGACAUACCAUCCAGUGCUGUUGCGUCAGAAGGCCCAGCGGCUACGGAAAGAAACCCGCAACGAGGCGUGGAAGGCGCCCAUCGAGAAUCUCUCGAGGUCGAUUCCCAAGACGAUUCUCUGGUCCUGCAUUCGCCCGUUCCAGCUGCUCUUCUUCGAGCCAAUGUGCCUGAAUCUAUGCAUGCUGUCUGCAAUCCUGCUGGGGAUCCUCUAUCUCUUUUUCGGGGCGUUCCCGCUAGUGUUCCAGAAUAACCACGGCUUCAGCAUUGCCCAAACGGGCCUAACGUUCCUCGGCAUGUUUGUGGGCAUGGUGCUGGGGAUAUUGAGCGAUCCGCUCUGGCGGAGGAACUACGCCAGGCUUGUGCGCCAGCGGGAGGCGCAUGGAGGCGAGCCUGGCGGGUCUGAACCAGAGUACCGGCUCCCGCCCACCAUCGUCGGGGCGUUCGUAGUGCCCAUUGCGCUGUUUGGGUUUGGAUGGACUACGUAUCCAUGGCGUCAUCUGGGUCUACUCGGGCGUCUUUACGUUCCUCGUCGACUGCGGCAGUCGGUAACACACGUCCAGUACCCAGUGUAUGCCGCGUCGGCGCUGGCCGCGAACAGCUUCGCGCGAUCGAGCUUCGCGGCCGCCUUUCCCUUAUUCGGGGUGCAGAUGUACAACAACCUGGGCUACCAGUGGGCGACAUCGCUGCUAGCCUUCCUGGCAUUGGCCAUGGCCCCGUUUCCUAUCCUCUUCUACCGGUACGGCAAGCGCCUCAGGGGCAACAGUCGGUUUGCGUCGUCGACGACGGGCUGA